ACCAUGCAAACUAGAAAUAAUUUUUCUUGGAUAAAGGAACAGAUUACUCGAUCUAUUUCCAUAUCGCUCAUGAUAUAUAUCAUAACUCGUGCAUCCAUUUCAAAUGCAUAUCCCAUUUUUGCACAGAAGGGCUAUGAAAAUCCACGAGAAGCGACUGGACGUAUUGUAUGCGCUAAUUGCCAUUUAGCUAAUAAACCAGUGGAUAUUGAGGUUCCGCAAACGGUACUUCCCGAUACUGUAUUUGAAGCAGUUGUUCGAAUUCCUUAUGAUAUGCAACUGAAACAAGUUCUUGCUAAUGGUAAAAAAAGGGCUUUAAAUGUGGGGGUUGUUCUUAUUUUACCAGAGGGUUUUGAAUUAGCCCCUCCUGAUCGUAUUUCCCCCGAGAUAAAAGAAAAGAUGGGCAAUCUGUCUUUUCAGAGCUACCGCCCAAAUCAAAAAAAUACUCUUGUCAUAGGCCCUGUUCCUGGUCAGAAAUAUAGUGAAAUCACGUUUCCUAUUCUUUCCCCGGACCCCGCUACUAAGAAAGACAUUCACUUCUUAAAAUAUCCUAUAUACGUAGGCAGAAACAGGGGAAGGGGCCAGAUUUAUCCUGACGGGAGCAAGAGUAACAAUACAGUUUAUAAUGCUACAGCAUCCGGUAUAGUAAGCAAAAUCCUACGAAAAGAAAAGGGGGGAUACGAAAUAACCAUAGCGGAUGCAUUGGAUGGACGUCAAGUGGUUGAUAUUAUCCCUUCGGGGCCAGAACUUCUUGUUUCAGAAGGCGAAUCUAUCAAAUUUGAGCAGCCGUUGACAAGUAAUCCUAAUGUGGGCGGAUUUGGUCAGGGAGAUGCAGAAAUAGUACUUCAAGAUCCAUUACGUGUACAAGGCCUUUUGUUCUUCUUAGCAUCUGUUAUUUUGGCACAAAUAUUUUUGGUUCUUAAAAAGAAACACUUCGAGAAGGUUCAAUUGUCCGAAAUGAAUUUCUAGACUCGCGGAUUUAUCGACCUCAAGUUUGUAAAAAGAACCAAAUUUUUUUUAGUAAUUAUGAUUAUCUAUGAUAAAAAAUAAAAUUCUAAAAAGCCUUUUGUUUGUUUAUACUCUUUUUCUACGAGAUGCCGGGAAUUCCUUGUACCACAUUCCUAGCCACAGUAUGUAGAUUGUGAAGAAGACUAUUUGACUUGACCCCUUCUUUCUUUGUUUUUGUUUUUUUAUAAAAAUUUGGGGUGAUGUUAUUAU